UGUGUUUUUACUCCGAUUUCGUGCCAUAAAAUCAAAUACUAUGAAAAUAUUGAUAGUGCAAUCUUAUUAGAAUCCGAAUUCCAGUAAGAAGUCAUAAUGGAUUUAAGAAUUUGUAGAGUUUGUCUCAGUAAACCGGGCGAUACAUCACUAUUUGAGAAACACGAUGGUUUGGCUUACAGCGAGAAAAUAAUGGGGUUCGUAAAGGUUACCAUCACGGAAAACGACGGAUUACCAAGCUCGAUAUGCCUCAGCUGCAUCGCCGAGCUCUCUGUAUCCUACGACUUCGUGCAAAAAUGUGAAGCUUCAGACUUAGCUUUGAAAUCCUUUAAACUGGACAGUGAAAGAGAACCGGCAUUCAAUAUCAAGAAAGAAGACAUAAAAGACGAUCCAGAUGAACCGUAUCUUAAUUUUAGCUUCCUAGACGAUGACUUCGAUGUUAACUGGGAAGAGCCAGAAAAGAAAGUAAAAGAAAAGAAAGGUAAAUAUGUUAAGAAAAGGAAGAAAGGAAAGACGGAGCCGAUGCAGUGCGUCACCUGCGGGCAGCUGACCACCAGCCCCUCUGCCAUGGAGAUCCACAUGAGAACACACACUGGUGAGAAACCAUAUUCUUGCACUGAUUCUUCGUGUGAUGCCAAAUUUGCUACUAAAGGAGCUUUGAAACGACAUUGCGAGACCUUCCACUGUGAACGAGAGAGGAAAUAUACUUGUGAGCAUUGUGGCAGCAGCUUCUUCCGAAAAAACGAAAUAAUAACACAUAUCAGAGUCCACACGGAUGAGCGACCAUAUGCCUGCCCGUUUUGUUCCAGAAAGUUCCGGCAAAUAGCUUCACUCAUCCGUCACAAGAGAAUUCACACUGGGGAGAAACCGUUUGCUUGUUCCAUUUGUAAUAAAAAAUUUGCCGACAAAACUGUGGCCCGGAAACAUCUGUUAGUUCACAGCGAUGAGAAACACUACAGCUGCCAUCUUUGCCACAAGUCUAUGAAGAGUAGCAGUGCUCUGAAAGUCCACAUGAAUCUGCAUGUGAAUAAAAAGCAAAAUGUUUGCAACUACUGUGACAUGGCAUUUUCAAUGAAAGGAAACCUUAAGACUCAUAUAAGACGGAAGCAUUCAGAGAAGUCAGGACAGUGUAAUAUUUGCUCAAAGACUUUUUCAGACUUGGAAGUCCACAUGCGGAAGCAUACUGGUGAAAAGCCGUUCAUAUGUCAUGUGUGCCAACAGAAGUUUGCUACGAAGCGAAGUUUGACACAUCACCUAGCCUUCAGACAUGAGAAUGCAACUAAGUUCAAGUGUUCGAUUGGGGAGUGUACUAAAACGUUUCCUACUGCUCCUAUGUUAGAGUUCCAUUUGCUAAAGCAGCAUACGAACCACACUCCAUAUGUGUGCCAGCAUUGUUCCCGAGGGUUCUUCCGGAUGAGUGACCUGUCUCGGCACCUCCGGGUCAGUCAUAUUGAAAUGCAACUGAAAGAAGAUAAAACCCUCCUUACCCUAGGUGGUCCUUAGUUGAUAGUUACUAAAUACAUUUCUUAAUCUAUGCCCCGACUGAUAUAUUAAGUAUUCUAGUCAUAGAAUUACUAAAAACUAAAACAAUUAGUAGUAAUUGUGCAUUAAAGACUAUAACUGUAAUUUAAUUACUGCAUUUACGAAAACUUUAUUACCAUUUAGUUUAAGUAGCAAUUGUAUUUUCCAUUUAUAGAAGUAGUUGUAUGUAAUUAUUGUGACUAGAUAAUUAUACCUACUUUCUGCCAAA